ACAAUGGAAACAACCCAGAUACCUUUUCCUUUUCUAGCUAUCUAUGUCCAUUUCUGCACAUUAUAUUAACACCGAAAGGCAUCCCAUUUCUUCCGCCGAGGAACAGAGCAGAGUGACAAUAAUCAAUGGAGCAUAGCAGGGUUGUGACAGCAGCCCUUGUUCUCGCCUCAGUUCUGUGCCUAUUUCCAGUUUCCCAUGGUUGGGGCGAGGACGGGCAUUUCACCAUUUGUAAGAUCGCUCAGUCUCGGUUGAGUGAUACCGCAGCCGAGGCAGUGAAGGAGCUGCUGCCCGAGUCGGAUGGGGAUUUGGCGAGUGUGUGCUCGUGGGCAGACCGAGUCAGGUUCAGGUACCACUGGUCUGCUCCUCUUCACUACAUCAACACCCCCGACGUCUGUGGGUAUCAGUACAGCAGGGAUUGCAAGGAUGAGGAUGGAAAGGAGGGAAGGUGUGUUGCCGGUGCCAUUAACAAUUACACCACCCAACUUCUCGACUAUACUGGCUCUUCUUCCCGAUCCGACCAUAACCUCACGGAGGCCCUCAAGUUCCUAUCCCAUUUCAUGGGAGACAUCCAUCAGCCUUUACACGUGGGAUUUGCUUCGGACAAGGGGGCCAAUACGAUCGAUGUCCAUUGGUACACGAGAAAGCAAGUCCUCCACCAUGUAUGGGACGCCAAUAUAAUAGAGACUGCAGAAGAAAGAUACUACAAUGAAGAUGUGGAAGGGCUGAUCGAUGCCAUUCAGCAGAACAUUUCGAGCGAGUGGGCCGAUGAGAUCAAAGCAUGGGAAACUUGCAGUAAAAACCAGACAACUUGCCCUGACAUCUAUGCAUCGGAAGGAAUUAAAGCAGCUUGUCAGUGGGCGUACAAAGAUGCAACUGAAGGAACUGUACUGAAAGAUGAAUAUUUCGAGUCCCGUCUACCUAUUGUCAAGCUCCGGUUAGCUCAGGCCGGAGUUAGACUUGCAGCCACUUUGAACCGGAUUUUCGGAACAUCACGUAACUAAAUGAAUUGGGACCUCAGAGAGACUUAUAAGUAUGAAGCCAUUAUUUUCUUGUAUAUUCCUGAGCGUAUCAAAUAGUACUUAUCAUCUGCUUCUGAAAAAUAACAAGAACUUUACUGAACUUAGAUGUCAAACUUGUUGCAUAUGUGCCUGAUGAUGAAGGCAGGAUUACAUCUAUCCGAAUCCUAAGUAGGCUGCAGCAAAACUCUGAUACGUUCUGAUGAAUCUCCGGAUUACUGAUCUUCUUUAUGGUUUCUUCACAACAAGAACAGGGCAAUUCGCAUUAUUAAUACAGUAGUUGCUUACACUUCCAAGGAAUGCCCUGUAGAAUCACAUUUAAUAUCAAUGAGUAUGUAGAGUAUGUCAAUUGGUCAA